AUGAUAUUUCAUCCUUUUCAUUUAGUAGAAAAAAGCCCAUGACCCUUAACAAGAUCAAUUUCAGCUUUUUCUUUAACUCUAGGAUUUGUAAGUUAUUUCCAUAAUUUAAAUUCUACUUUAAUUUUAAUAGCAAUUUUUAUAAUUUUUAUUUCUUCAUUUCAAUGAUGACGAGAUAUUUCUCGAGAAGCUUCCUUUCAAGGAUUUCAUACAAAAUGAGUACUAAACGGAUUAAAAUUAGGAAUAUUAUUUUUUAUUUUAUCUGAAGUUUUUUUUUUUAUUUCUUUCUUCUGAGCUUUCUUUCAUAGAAGUCUAUCACCUAAUAUUGAAAUUGGAAGUUUAUGACCUCCUAAGAACAUUAUUCCUUUUAAUCCAUUUGAAAUUCCUUUAUUAAAUUCAACAAUUUUAAUUUCAUCUGGUAUUACAGUAACCUGAAGACAUCAUGCUAUUUUAAAUAAAAAUUAUAUUUCUGCUUUAACUUCUUUAAAAAUUACAAUUUUCUUAGGUGUUAUAUUUACUGCUUUUCAAAUUUUUGAAUAUUCUCAAGCUCAAUUUUCCAUUUCAGAUAGCAUUUUUGGUUCAACUUUCUUUAUAACUACUGGCUUUCAUGGUUUCCAUGUUUUAAUUGGAUCAAUUUUUUUAAUUGUUUCCUUCAUUCGAAUUAAAAAUCAAUUAAUUUCUUCUGACCAUUUCUUUGGCUUUGAAGCAUCCGCUUGGUAUUGACAUUUUGUUGAUGUAGUAUGAUUAUUUUUAUUUACAUUUAUAUAUUGAUGAGUUUAUU